CUCCGGUUUGAACGUCUUCCUAAUUAACUCCAGAAUCGAAUCUGCUCAAGCCGAUCCAAAUCCAAAACGAGGAAACGCAACGGAAGCCGGGGAGAACGACAGGGGUGGUGGUGGUGUUAUGUGAGACUGUGUGUGCGAGAGAGAGAGAGAUCCAAAUCUCCAUCCCGCAGCCACGCUCACGCUCACGCUCACGCGCAUCAUCGUCCUCCUCCCUUCCCGGCUUCCCCGCUGCCCCCCUCGCCUCGCGCGUGCGCGCCCCUACCCCGUCUCCUCCUGCCUGCCUGCGCGAGCCACCCCGCCUCGGCCGCUCGCUCCUCCUCCGGUUAAUCCCCCCACUCGCCACGCCACGACUCGCAGCCGGCCCUUCACAUUAUCCGCGCGCGCGCGAGCGAGCGGCCGUAGCGUGUGGGUGGCGUCGCCGUGCGGACGGUGAUCUCUUGGUGCCGGUGCGGGACGCGUGACGGUGCCGGGGAGGAGGUCGUUCUGUUGGUUGGUUGGCCCGCGGCGACGAUGGCGGCGGUCCGCGGCGGAGAGGCGGUCUCCGUCGCGCUCCUCUUCUCCCUCGCCUUCUUCUGCGCCCGCCUCCUGCUCGACCGCCUCGUCUACAAGCCAUUGGCAGUCUACCUUUUCAACACCAAAGCUUCUAAGUUGAUGAAUGAUGAGGCCAGGCAAGCAAAGAUUGUCAAGUUCUCAGAGUCCAGUUGGAAACUUACCUACUAUGCUUCUGUUCAAGCAUGGGUCCUCAUGAUAAUAAAGCAGGAACCAUGGUCAUUGGAUAUGAUGCAAUACUUUGAUGGCUGGCCGAAUCAACCCAUCGCGUCCUCAUUGAUGCUUUUCUACAUGUGCCAGUGUGGAUUUUAUAUCUACAGCAUCGGUGCUCUUGUUGCUUGGGAAACCCGCAGAAAAGAUUUUGCUGUAAUGAUGUCUCAUCAUGUAAUAACAUCUACUCUAAUUGGAGUUUCAUAUCUGACCGGAUUUUUCCGAAUUGGGACCAUCAUUCUCGCUCUUCAUGAUGCAAGUGAUGUGUUUCUUGAGACUGCCAAAUUAUGCAAGUACACAGAAAAAGAGCUGGGGGCUAGCUUGUUUUUUGGUCUCUUCGCUAUCUCCUGGCUUCUAUUGCGUCUAAUUUACUUCCCAUUUUGGAUAAUCAAAGCCUCGAGCUAUCAUUCCAUCGCGUUCUUGAGGAAGCUGGAUGAAUUCCCAACAGCUUUGUACUACAUCUUGAACACAAUGCUUCUCACAUUGCUUGUAUUCCAUAUGUACUGGUGGAAACUCAUAUGUUUGAUGAUAAUGAGACAAUUGAAUAAUAAAGGACAAGUUACAGAUGAUGUUCGAUCUGAUUCCGAGGAUGAUGAGUAAUGGGAGAUUCAUUCUUUGACAUCUGCAACGUGUCAUUUCUUCGCCAAUACUUUUCUAUGCCUGCUUCCAGAAUUUAUUGUUUUGAUCUUGGUAAGUCUCGGGCAUGGAUAGGAAAGUUUAAUCUCUGUAUAUUGCCUUAUGAUAUCAAACAUGGCUAGACCGAGAGUGGAGCAGGUCCUAUACAUGACGGGUAUAGCUAGCAAGCUUACUUGAAGGUUCCUUCAAAAAUUUUUGGUUCACCUUUUUUGAUAUGGGGAAAGACAUGAGAGGGCGUAAGGGCUUUUUCCUGAAGCUUGAAGAACCCCCUCUGUACCAUGUUCAAUAUACUUCACCUGUGAGUAGAUUUAGUUCUAAUUGAUGGUAAUAAAUUGAUUCUUUUGAUUGGGAGUAAAUCUCACCUGUAUCUUAAUGAUCUCAUGUGAUGUGCAUUGAGCUUUAUGCAGCUAUAAUUUUUUUUGAGUAGUGUUAUCCCUAUUCUACGCAAUGUGAUAGAGGUAUAGUUUAGAUCCAAUUUGGUUUGAUAUUAUCUCGAAUUAGACUUCAAUACUAGUAUAGAAUAAAAAAAUGAAUUGUACUCUGAACUAAUCAAAUUCAAUGGAGCAAUAUUCAUAUUAUUGGGUAUGUUUUAAA